AGAGGGAACCGGGUCGGAGCGGCUCCCAGGGGGGCACUGAAGUUCGGGAACUCGGGUCAGAGUGGAGUCCAUGACCCCCCGCAGGAAGAAUGAGCGUCCCCCGGGCUGUGCUCGUCCUGGGAGCCGUGCUGCUGUGCUGCAGCUCCUGUGCCCGCCCCGCACCAGCUUCUUUCUUUGGUGAAAGUUAUGUGGAACUGAAAAAACUGGAAUUGUUCUCCAAGUCGUCAUUUCAGUUACGUUUCCGAACCAGCAAAGCGAAUGGACUCCUCUUUCUGGCAGCCGGGAAACAUGACUACUGCUUGGUGGAGCUGCGCUCUGGACAUGUACAGGCAAAAUUCAGACUUGGGAAUGAUGAACAAGAACUUUUCCUUAACCAUGGACCUCAUUUAGAUGACAUGGAAUGGCACUUGGUUAAAUUUGACCAUCAAAACACAGAAGUUACACUUGUGGUAGACUCAAAUGUCAAGUCCAGCUUUCUGAAUCCUGGUGCAGCAAAUAAACUUCACAUUGAACAUGGCCUCUACGUUGGUGGACUUGGAAACCUGAAAACUUCAUACGUGAAAGACACACAUGAAUAUUUCAGAGGUUGUCUUGACGAUGUCUUGUUCAAUGAGUAUGAACUACUUUCUUCCCUUCGACCAUACCCUGGUCAGAAAAGCGUUCAUGAGGUUUCCCUCGGAUGCAGCGAUGAGUUUUUCCUAAGUGAAGACUACCCAAUAAGUUUGUUCAGUUCGAAGUCCUUCUUGGCUUUUCCUCGUUGGACCAUUGCUGAAGACGCUGUGUGGGAGUGUUUACUGCAAGCAGCAGCUGGAAGAGGCUUGCUGCUGUAUCACUCAGGAAAAGCUGAAGAUUUCCUUUCCCUAGAAAUAAUAGAUUGGAUGUUGAGAGCCAGUAUUGGAAAAGGAAAAAAUGUGGUACAGCUGGAUUCGUCAAGUACUCUUAGUGAAAAUAAGUGGUAUUAUAUUAAACUUACUAUAAGCUCAAGGGAUCUUCAUCUGACUUUAGAUGAAAAAACUGAAACUGCUUUACACAACAUCCAUAUUAAAACACAUGGCUCUUUGUAUGUAGGUGGCAUUGAUGAUGCUUCUCGAGACCAUGCAAGGAGGUUAGGCUUAGCAACGCUUUCUGGGAAACAUACUAAAGGAGGAUCAUUUAAAGGGUGCAUUAAAAACAUAAAAGCGAACUCUGUAAAGUUUGGACUAAAGAAUGCCUUAGCUACGAAAGAUGUAUCUCCUGGUUGUAGAAAUGAGGUUGCAUUGAGCACGGUUCCAACGUUACAACCGAGAACCUCACAGGUAAUCUCUGUGGCACCUACAACUUUAGUCGUUACUACCAUGGUACCCAAGAAUAAUCAAAAAGAUAACUUCCUUGUACUUAAUAAUUUGGUGGUCGCAGAAGGAAGCAAAGCCACUUUACAAUCUAAACAUAUAAAAUUGAAUUUGGAUUAUAAAAGGCUGGGUCUUCGUCAGUCGCAAGUAGCAUUUAAGGUUGUCGAGCAUCCUUCACAUGGACAGUUAAAAAUAGAUGUUUCCUCACAGCAAGACAAGGGAACUUUCACUAUGCUUGACCUGUGGCAUGGACGAAUUACUUAUGUUCAUGAUGGCUCAGAGGGAACAAGUGAUCACUUUAGCUUUACUGUUACUACAACUAGCAAGAAUGAGAUGCCCUCCUAUCUAAAAGGAGAAGAGAUUAACAUCUUCAGCAUCACUGUAACACCAUCUAACGAUGCGCCAGAACUGUCUCUACCAGAAGGAAAUUUAUUCACAUUACUUGAAAGCUCCAAGAAACUCCUUACUGGUAAUCUGAUAAAGAUAUCUGAUGUGGACACAGAACCACAAAAUCUAAAUCUGGUUGUACUCGGCAACCUCAAUGUAGAUGCUGGAUAUCUAGAAAACAUGAAAGAUCCGGAUAAAGCUCUUAACACCUUUCCUUACUCUGAAUUGCUUGAAGGAAAUAUUUUUUAUGUCCACCAUGGGGUGAAGAAUGCAAGGCUUGUGCUGAGGGUUAGUGAUGCUGAUAAAGUGAGUAACACGGUUGUAUUGAGAAUUUUGGCUGUUCCACUAGAAUAUAAAAUUGUGAACAACACAGGGAUUGAAGUAAUACAAGGCUCAAGUAGUUUCCUAAAGACGAGCAACUUAGGAGUUGAAACAAAUGCAGUGAACCAGGAUGUGGAAAUAAGGUAUGACAUAAUGGAGACACCCAAAUUCGGUCAAAUUCAGAGGAAAAGUUCUGGAAAUGAAUGGAAGCCAGUAGCCUCAUUUACUCAACGAUCUCUUGAGCGAGACCGGAUCCGAUACCUUAACACCUUCAAAGAAAUUCAAGAAGCCGAUGUAAUAGAUAGCUUUAGAUUUAAAGUCACCAUAGCAAACCGUUCCAAUGAAGAACAGCUCUUUCCAAUUAAAGUCAAAUGGCUUAAAUAUGUAUUGAUUCAAAAUGUUCCUUUAACCAUCGAGAAUGCCAAAAAGGCUAUGUUUGGUUAUGAUAACCUACAAGCUGCGGUGGAGGGAGUCAACAUGGACGGCAUAUUAAUUUAUUAUAAGAUACAGUCUUUGCCCAGCAAAGGAACCAUUAUGAACAGAAACAACAUUUUAAGUAAAGAAGACAUGUUCACCCAGAUUGAUAUAAUAGAAGGAAACAUUGAGUAUGUGUUAAGCAAACAACCACAUGAGGAUUCCCAGGAUUCCUUUGAGCUCACAUUGUUCACAAAAUAUGCGCAAUCCAAGCCAUUUACAUUUGCCGUUAACAUUAAAGCGGACUUGGACAGCAUCAUUUUGACUAAUAAAGGCUUGUCAUUAGCCGAGGGAGAGACAAGGAUUAUCACGAAAGAGGAACUCUUUGUACAAACCUUAAGCAACAAAACGUUUUUCUUCAAGGUUUUGAAAAGUCCCCUACAUGGAAAGCUAAAGCGAAUUAAUUUCUCAGAUUCCCUUGUAAGCAAUGAUAACAUAACCACCUUCUCCAGCCAAGAUAUUUUGAGUGAACGUCUUAUGUACGUUCAUGAUAAUUCCGAAACCGUGUCCGAUACCUUUGUCGUUCUCACAUCCUCUCUACCUGUUGAACCUGAAACUGUCCAUCUGGAUACAACAGCCGUUGAGACAGAAUUUGCCUUUAAUAUAUCUAUAGAGCUAAAGAAUGAUGAGAAACCCGUCCGUGUCGUUGACCAGCUAUUUCACGUGGUGCGGAAUGGUAAGAAGUUAGUAACUUUGGAGGAAUUGUGCUAUCAUGAUCCUGACACAGACUUCGAUGAUGGACAAUUACUCUACACCAGGCGAGGCAUUCCCAAUGGAGAUCUUGUUUCAUCUAAUGAUACUUCAAAAAAGCUCUACCAGUUUACCCAGGAGGACUUGAAGAAUAACCGUGUGCUCUUCAUACAUCAUGGAGCAGACUACGGUCGCUUUGUCUUGUUUGUAACAGAUGGGAAACAUUACACAUCUUCACUUCUAGAAGUCAGUGCCUCAGAGCCCUACAUUAAGAUAGUCAACAACACAGGAUUGUUGGUGCAAAAAGGCAAAGAGAACACAUUGACAACCUCCAACUUCAGCAUCGCCACUAAUAUGUAUGUUGAAAGUGACCGUGAUGUUCUGUAUGACAUUUCAUCCCCACCAAAACAUGGAAAGAUUUACAUCCAGAAUCUGAUAAAAGAAUCCUUUACACAUCAAGACUUAAAGAAUGGCCAUGUGGUUUACAGACACAAUGACGGCAAUCAUCUUGUAGACACUGUCAACAUUACGGUAAAAAUCAACACGAUGACUCUGGAUGUAGACCUUAAAGUUCGUGUCUAUUUGGAAAGUCAUCAGAAACUUCCAACGGUGCAGAGCCUUGAAGGCCUCCUAGUAGAAGAAGGAAAGCCGGUUGACAUAGGCAAAGACAAGCUGCAGGUUGUCCAUGAAGAUAACACGCCAAGCGAGAUUGUGUUCACUGUGGUGACAAGUCCGUCACAUGGAUACCUCCGUAGGUUUGAAUCCACUGAAGGCCUUUUUCCUGAUGAUCAAAAAUCCAUUGCAACAUUUACACAGCAGGAUAUCAACCGAGGAAACAUUCAGUACGUGCAGAGCGCUUCGGGCCACGUGCAGGACAACUUUACAUUAGACGUCACUAACGGCGUACGAGAGAUAAGUGGGAUUGCAGUGUCCAUAGAUAUAAUCCCAAUCCUUAUUCCACUGGAGAUCCAGAACAUUACUGUGAGGGAAGGAGCCUCCAAAGCCUUGACCCGGGAUCAUCUACGUGUCCUGAACAGACACUUUCAAGAUCUCAAUUUGGAGUUUGUUCUUCUGGAUGAACCCAACAAUGGUUAUGUGGAAAAUACCAGGUUUCCUGGGAUAAAGUUAUCAAGAUUUACCCAGAAACAGGUGGAACAAGAACUGAUUUAUUAUGUCCAUGAUGACAGCGAGACCUCGCAGGACAACUUUACUGUCGUCGUGAACAGUACAGAACUUUCCAAGCAGAGUCUUCCGCAAUCAAUAUUUGUCACCAUCGCUCCUGCGAAUGAUGAAUUCCCAGUUAUAACCGUUAAUACGAUUUUCCGGGUGUGGGUUGGCUCUGUGACUGAAGUGACCACCAAUGAUUUGUCUGCUGAAGAUAAAGACUCCUCCCCUGAGGAUCUUGUGUUCUCCAUCACGCCACCAAGCAAUGGUCAUCUAGCCCUCAAAUCGCAUCCGGAUAAAAGCAUUCUGAAUUUUACCCAGCAGCACAUAAAUGACGGCCACUUGGUGUUUGUACACAGUGGCGCCAUGUCUGGAGGCUUCAACUUCCAGGUUACAGACGGUCUGAACUUUGCACCAAGACAAAUUUUCAGUAUCACAGCGAAGACGCUUGUCAUCUACAUGGAAGUGAAUAAAGGGUUGGCUGUUUUUCCUGGAAUGGGAAGAACUAUUUCUUCAGACGUAUUUAAAGCUGUAACCAACGAUGAGAACAGUUCAAAUAACCGGUCUAUAACUUUUGACAUCACUUCUUCUCCCAGUCAUGGGAAGAUCUUAAAGUUUGUUCAAGAAAAUACUACUGAGGAGGCAUCCAGCUUCACGCAGCAGAUGAUCGAUGAGGGAAAAAUCCUUUUUCAGCAUACAGAUGCAGAAGCCUUGGUGUGGAGCAUGCAGGAUUCCUUCACCUUCACAGUGUCCUCUCCUCCAGCUGUUCUGGAAAUGCAAGUUUUCCUUAUCACAAUAUCAUAUGAGAUCAGUGAUCCCAGUAGAUACACUCGCCUUAUUGCCAAUACAGGUGCCUCUGUUGUGGAAGGAGGAAAAGUCCAAAUAGACAAGUCAAAAUUGGAUGGGUCUAAUCUUUUAGCCAGACUACCAGAAUCACAGCGUUCUUUUUAUGAAGUCUGGUUCCAGGUGACCUCAUUGCCUAAACACGGUGUGAUCGUAGUGGGAGACAGGAACAUUACUAAAGAAAAGCCAAACUUCUCCCAGUACAUCGUCAGUAAAUUUGGGAUUACGUAUUUUCAUGAUGGAGCAGAGUCGCCCACAGAUGACUUCUCUUUUGCCACAUGGCUAAAUUUAAAAAGCAAAUCAGCAGUAAAACCAGACAUGGACGUGAUAGAAGAGCGGUUCAAUAUUACAGUCAUUCCAGUGAAUGACCAAGUGCCUGAACUUAAGACAAAGCGGCCGAGUUUGACAGUUUUGCAAGGAAGAAUGAAGGCCUUGGGCCCGGAAAACCUAAACGUUGAAGAUAUGGACAAUCCUCCUGAAGAUAUAAAAUACACCGUUAUUAGCAUGCCAAACAAUGGUUACUUGGCAAAAUCUGACAAUCUCAAUGCUUCUAUCCAGUCUUUUACCCAGGCAGAUAUAAAUAAUGGUGAGUUGUGGUUUAUACAAGAUGGAUCUUCAAAUUCUGGAGUGUUUUAUUUCAGCGUUUCCGAUGGGAAACACAAACCACUGUAUAAACUCUUUAACCUGGAUGUGAUUCCUGUUUCCAUCACCUUGGUUAACAAAACAAAUCUAAUCCUUUUGCAAGGACAAACCUUUUUGACCGUCUCGAAUAGUAAUCUAGCCGCAACAACAGAUGGAAAGAGUACGAUCAUCAGUUAUGAAGUAUCACAGCCUCCUAGAUUUGGCUUCUUCAUUCUCAAUGGUAGACAUGUCACAAGGUUUGAUCAAGCAGACAUAGACAUGGGUAAAGUAACGUACCAUACCGAAAACUUCACUGUGUCUGAAGAUGUGUUUGAGAUAGUGGUCUUCACUUUAGAAACCAACCUUACCGGGCAGAGGGUGAACAUCACAGUGGAGCCACUAGUAAACAUUCAGCUUGGUCUGAAAAUCCCUUCUGGCCUGGUAUACACUUUAAAGGCCAUGGAUUUGGAUGCAACUGAACUUGGAAAUCUAACCAACAGUGACCCGGAAUACCAUAUAGUAAAUCCACCAAUAAAUGGAAGAAUACAGAGGAAAAUGUUCAAAAAAGAUUUGUAUGCAGAUAUUGAGAUGUUCAAACAAAGUGAUAUAGAUUCAGGAAGUAUAUCGAUGUAUGUUGAUGCCAACAUCACAGAACAAGAAGUGUUGAAUGAUUCCUUUGUUUUUAUGCUCAAAGCACAUGGAGUGCCACCUGCCUUGGGCUAUUUCAUGUAUUCUGUUGUUCCUUAUGAACCAUUCAUCGUAGAAUCUACCACCUCUUCAGGAGCACCUUCAGUCAGUUCCCAUGCUCCCUUUUACACUACUCUGGCUUUUGAGAGAAGAACAACAAAUUAUUGGCUAAAUAAAAACCUUACCGAACCUCCUACAAAGAGAUUUGGUAACCGCAAUCGUUGGGGCAACCAAAAAAUUGAGGAACCCAUCCCAUCUGCAGAUGUAGGACUCACUACCCCUUCCAUUAAAGACACUACCAUUAAACUGUUAGUAAUUACUCCAAAAGCUGAGCCUAGUCAAACCAGUCCUCUUUCUAUAAUUAUUCCACUAGUCGUUCUUGUCAUCUUUCUGCUUGCUGUCAUCUUCUUUGUCUGGUUCAUUCUUAGGAAACGGAGGGCAAAAAAGGCUCCGCCACAUGUUAGAAGUCAUUCCUAUAGCAUGGUGCCCCAGGUACCCUCCCCAUAUACAGAACGUAGUGCCACUGUGCCAGCUGUGACAGUUACCCCCCUGCAAAAAACCAAUGACUCUGUAAGCCCGUUACUGUCAUCAAGACAUGAUCACUUACGUACAAACUCUGCUCCCUCCUUGGAAGUCAGUACUCAACAGAACUCUUGGCUGCAGAUGGAUCCUGAAAUGAUAGAGCAUUGUCGGAAGACUAAUCCAACCCUUAAAAACAAUCAGUACUGGGUAUAGACCACUAUGCCCAUCUCCACUCUCAUUACAUAGGAAACAUAUUUCAUAAAUAUGUAUAUUUUUGUAUUUAUCUGAAGUAAUCUGUCAUAUUUAUUUAAUCAUAUGAAAAAAUAUAUGCUGGAAUAGUUGGAGAUUUCUUAAACGCUAUGGACAACUUUGGCAUGGAAA